CUACACUUCUCCAAAUCUUCUGCAUUUUUCUGAUUCCAACAACAUCAACAAGAAGAACAAAAUGGAUAACAGAACACGAUUAAGAGUUCAAAACAAGAAGCCAAUCAAGCGCAGCGGAAAGAAACCGUUGGUGAAAAAGUUUCUGGAUUAUCUUAAGUCUGAUACUUUUUUGUAUGCUCCUCUUAUCUCUCCUCAGCCUUGUGGUUUUCCAUCAACCAAUGACUUCAAAGUGGUGGAGCUGAAAAAGCCUGUGAAAAAGAGGCACUGGUUUAAGGAGUAUAUAAAAUCUCAGGGUUAUAUGUAUGAUACUGUUCUUGAGCUUCCUCUUUCACCUCAAGAAUCUCUGAAGGAUGGUAAAGUGAUAACGAAGUAUGUUUCAGCUGGAAGUUCACCGACGAAUGCCAACAAACAACAAGAUAAUGGCUUAGGAAAUAUGAACCGAAGGUCUGAAAACCAUCUUUCUCCAACCUGCCUCUCCGAUCGACUUACUCGGCUACAAAAGGAAAAUGCGAAACACAAUGUGUACCAAACUUGUCGCACAACUUCUGCUUCAGGAAAUGUGACCCUAAACUCACAGUUGAGAGCUCAUACUUGAUGAAAUCCUUUGGAUAUAAAUGUGAACAUACAUGAUAAUAACCUAUACAGGGUGUAGUUUUAAGUGUUGAGUGUUCAUAAUCAUAUCAUGAAUGUAUUUAGAAUUUCACUAGUUGUUGACUUUGUCUUUUGAUAGAAUAUUUUAAUGUUAAAUUUGUAUUAACUUGUUUUGAUAUGCUUUACAUGUAAUGUAUAAGUUGUUUGAAUUGAACUAAUUCCCCUGGUUAAAGUCUCUA